GUCAGACAAAAAUGUCAAAUUCGAGUUUUCGGGUUGUCAGAUUCGAAUUUAAAAUUUCUGUAUGGAAUUUUUGAAUAAAACACCAUAGUAUUUCGAUCUAAAUUAUCAAAAUUCCCUGCCUAAAAAUGUUGGUGAUCUACAACGGACAGUGUUACGAUAAGGAAACUCUCUUAUCCCAUUUGAAUAGAGUCGUAGAACAGAUCCAAUCAGUUGAAGACGUCAAUAUAUCAGAGGGACACAAAGGGUGCUGUUUGGCGAAGAACUCUUGUCGUAGAAUUUGCGACAAAUGCUGUACAUUGCGGCCCAAAUUAGAACCAGCCAUUCACCAUUGUUGUGAAGGGCAUCAUCAUUGUUGCGGUGAUAUUGCACCAAUUAGCUGCGAUAUCAAAGAAAUAUGUGACAGAGAAGAAUGUUCAAAUUGUCACAAUCACGCGCAUCCCACAAUAUGUCAUCAUCACCCAGAUCGAAAAUGCAUAACAGUUCACGAGAAACCACAUAUUCUGCCUGCAAAUAUUGCUAAUAACCCAACGUGUACGUGCUGCAGGGGAUGCAUGAAAAACACCUGCGUAAUCCUUCCACAAAUUAGCAAAAAUAGCGAAGCGAAACACACAAAAUGUAAACAAAUCCCUUGCAUCACAUUUCCAGAGGAUAGAACUGAAAAAUCUUCACCGUGCAAAGCCAAGGGGGACAACUUCAAAGGAAAUCCAUUCAUUAUUAACGAGAAUAAGAACAGAAAUAGAAACAAUAAUCAAGAGAAGCAUCAGUCCGUAGCUCACACAUCGUCACCGAAAAAAUGUACCUGCGAAAAUUGUCAAAGUGUUAGAUCCGAAGACAUGAAAGCUUUCGACUUAUGUGCAUGUAAUAAGACCAAUGGGUUGCAAGAUCAUUGUAAGCUUUGUCAUAUGCCUAGGGGCAGACUUGGGUAUUUGAAAACUAAUAAACAAGCAUCAUGAAUAUCUUUCAGAAAAAAA